GCGGUGGUCACGGCCCCGACGCGCCACCGACGCCCGCCGCAUUUGUUUGCCAGCUAGACUUGCUUGAUUUGCCCCAUGAGCACGCCGGAAGCCGCGCUCAACACGCUCCGUAAGCUCGACGCGAACAAGGCGUGUGCGAACUGCGACACAGUCGCCAAGUUUGGCCAUGGCAACAUUUGCGAAAAGUUCAAAACGUUUGUGUGCAACCACUGCAAGAGCGCGCACCAGAGCUACAGCCAUCGCGUCAAGAGCGUGACCAUGUCGAACUGGUCCAAGGAAGACGUCGACGCGUUGAAGGAAGAAAACGGCGGCGGGAAUGCCGCGGCCCGACGCACGUGGCUUGCCACGUGGGAAGACGGCCGGUCCAUGCGCAAGCCUCUCGAGACCGACCACCUCGAUGUGUUCAAGAAGUUUAUCAAUGCAGUGUACAACGACAAGGCGUUCUACUCGGACGCAGCACCGCAACGAUGCGCGCCGCGACAGCCCGCCAAGACGUCGCCGCCUCCCACAACGUCCUCGAUUGCGUCCACAGCUUCGACAUCUGGAGACCUCUUGGGCUUCUCGCCUCCGUCGUCGUCAUCAUCGGCGCUGUCGUCGGCAGGAGCGUCGUUCGAAGCAACCUUUGAUGCUUUCUCCGCCCCCGUCCCGCCAGUUGCCGGCGGAUUCGCUCAAUUCGAUGCCUUCUCAGCGCCCGUCCAGCCCCCGGCGGCUCCUACCAUCCCCAAGCAUGACGAAUGGUCUGCCUUCCAGUCAGCGACACCAACGUCGACAGCCAUGACAUUUGAUCCUUUCGGUGCGACAUCGCCGCUGCCGACGUUUUCGCCACCUGCCACGUCGUCGUUCGACCCGUUUGCGCCAGUGGCCACGACUAAUGCACCUGCGCAACGACCUCCGUUCAACACACUUGGCCCGAGUAACGGGUUUGGUCCCCCCAGCACGACUUCCCAAUCAUUCCAUCCUGGAUUCCCUCAAGGAGCCGCGACAAACAUCACAUUCGGCAACGGCGGUGGAGCUAGCAUCAGCGCACUGCUGGACCCGACCAUGGUCGCCAACCCCCACUUGCAGCACCAACGUUCUUUCGGUGCGUACGGAGGUGUCCCGCCGCCGCAGCAGCCUUCGUACCAGCAACCCAACCAGUACCAGCAGCCGUAUCAGCAAGGCGGCUCCCGGCCUCAGCCUGCCGCUGGUGUCCAGAGCAGUGGCGGUCGCGACCCGUUUGCUGGGCUUGCAUUCAAGUAAAGCUUCCGAAGACUGGAAUAUCGUAGAGUCAACCAUGAUAUGGGUGUUUUACAGCAUAAGCAUCGCCAGCGCUCGCUUCCACGGUUGAGGCGGCAGUGGGGGAUCAUCAAACCGUGGCAUUGUUGCGAGCAGCAAAGGCGGCAUGUAGUGCUGUUGGCUUGAAGCAAUGCAAAUAGAUAUUAAUUGUGUGGGCGAGACGACUGACUC